AUGACCGAGGAAGAGAAGAUCUCUCGAUGGAAUGCUGCACAGGAGAGGUGUUUCCUGAUUCCCGAACCCGGGGCAUGGAGUGUCGAAGCAACUCUGAGAUACCUGGACAAGGCUGGGGUCGCCAUGCAGCUCCUCAGCAACAUCCCACAAUCGCUGCCUGCGCUGAAGGCCUCCAACGACUACGGUGCCUCCCUGGUCGGGCGAUAUCCAUCGAGAUUUGGACUUUUGGCUGCACUACCGACGGACGACGCAGCCGCAGCCCUCGCGGAGAUACAGCGCGCGACUGCUGAACUCGCCCCCGACGGGUUCGCGGUGACGUGCUGCUACAACGACGUUUACCUGGACCACCCGGCGCUGGAUGUCGUGUGGGAGGAACUGAACCGCCUCGAAGCCUGUGUCUUCAUUCACCCCAAUGCCUAUGCGGCUCCGAAGCUCGGUCGGCCCGCGCCACUCGUCGAGGUGGCCUUCGAGACCUGCAGGACCGUCGUGUCCAUGCUGUACACGAGACACUUCCAAAGAUUUCCGAACGUCAAAUUCAUCGUCUCGCACUGUGGCGGAAGCCUCCCGGUCCUGGCGAGCAGGUUGGAGCUUCUGGGGGCCGAAGCCUGGGUCCCCAACCCGCGGGGAAUCGCCUCGGACGACAUCAAAACCCAGCUGAGCACCUUGUAUCUCGACACGGCCGCGACCUGUCCGUCCGGGCUGGGUCCGGCCAUCAAGAUGACAUGUCCGUCACAUAUCGUCUACGGGACCGACUGUGGCGUGCCGUGUUCGACGGACCGGACCAUGGACGCGAAUAAGCGGGCAAUUCUCCAGUACGACGGCUUGUCCCCGGAUGAAAUCCAGGCAAUAGGGACAAAUGUACUGGCACUUUUCCCGACAGUGGCAGCGCGAGUAUCGGCCUCGAAGGUGUGA